AUGGCCACUAUGGUCCACCCCUACAGCCUUCUUUCUGAACCAUCACUCGAAUCCUGGACCGAACCAUUGGACAUUGUCACCAAACGGCCAAAACCAAAAUCGAAGGGCCGACAAUCAACGACUGACCCGGCACCGACAACCAAGAAGAGAUUCAAUAAGGCUCAAAAUCCGACUACGGAAAAACCUGAUGAUGACGUCACAACUCGAAGAAGGAAGACCAAGCCAAAAACGACAGAAGCCACGACAACUACUACAGUCACCAGAAAGCCGGCUCCGGUGUUUCGACAUGGUAGCUCCAUGUUCGAACCUGAUACCCCGACCAACGACUCCCACCUCCCAAACAUUCCAUUAACUCCGGAGCCGACAACAACGCAGCCACUUACAACCGAGGCUGCUGAACACACCCAGACGAACGAGGCGUCGCCUUCAAGAUUUGCUGAGCACCACAACGGCUUUCACACCAACCACUCCGAAGCCUUUUACGUUUCACUCCAGCAGUCCCUUUUCGCGACGAUCAGACCAUCAAGAGUCCAGGGUCGCACCAAAACCACGUACUGCUCGUCCAUCCCGAAUUUCCGACAUGCUGGU